UCCCACGCGUAUGGGCGAUGAUUUGUAUUUGAUUUUGAUGAUUCCAAUAAUAAUAUUCAUCUUUCUCUCUACUCUCUAGUGCUGGGACUUGUCUCACACAUGGAAACUACUACGUGCGUAGGAUAACAACCAACAAACCUAGCGCACGAUAGCCCUCCAUCACCCAUGCUUGGAGUACUCUGCGCCACUCGCUCCAAACCUUGGCUCUUCUCCCUCGUCCACGCCUCCCUUCCUCGCCUAUCCCAUGCCCCUCUCUCACCUUCCGCCUCGCCGCCGCCCCGUCGCCGCCAUUCCACCGCCUGCAAACUCUUUCUCUCCGCUGGCGGCGCCGCCUCCAUAUGGCACGCCAUCAUGCCCCGAGUGAAUGACGACGACGGAUUCCGACGCGGCGUUGUUGCGUUUCAUGACAUGAAGGGAGAGGGAUCGUGGAAUGUCGCUUGGGACGCGCGACCGGCACGGUGGCUCCACCGUCCCGACUCCGCGUGGCUCCUCUUUGGCGUCUGUGCUUGUCUCGCGCCGCCGUCGAGUUGCGUGGACGCUGACACCAAUACCGAUGCAAUCGCUGUAGACGAAAGUUGCCGCCUUCUCGAUAAGGAACGGGAGGAGUAUGAGGUUUCUGCUGAUUACAGAGUCACUGGGGUACCUGCGGAUGGUCGGUGUUUGUUUAGAGCAAUAGCUCAUGGAGCUUGCUUGAGAAAUGGGGAAAAAGCACCUGACGAGAAUCGUCAGAGGGAAUUGGCUGAUGAACUAAGAGCUAAAGUCGUAGAUGAGCUGAUGAAAAGGCGCGAGGAAACAGAGUGGUUUAUCGAAGGGGAUUUCGAUACAUAUGUGCAGAGAAUUCAACAGCCAUAUGUAUGGGGCGGAGAACCAGAGCUAUUGAUGGCUUCUCAUGUUUUGAAGACACCAAUUUCUGUUUUCAUGAGAGACACAGGCUCGGUUGAUUUGGUAAACAUAGCAAAAUAUGGUGAAGAAUACAGGAACGAUAAGGAGAUUUCCAUCAAUGUGCUAUUUCAUGGGUAUGGUCACUACGACAUACUAGAGACCUUAUGAUAUGACCAUAAUUACACCUGAAAAUUGAAAAUAAACACUUAGUACAGCACAAAACUUACUUGCCUUGAUGGUGCAGUUUAAGACUUCUCAAGUAAAGAGCUUUUUUGAGGGGUCAUUUUAGGAGUGUUUCAGUGAAUUUAGUAACUUUUUGCAACUGUAGUUCAGCUGCAGGGAACUUCCAUUCGAUUCAACAUGCUGCUGGUGGAAUUUUUGUAGUUUGUUUGUUGUCAUCUGAUGUUAAGAAGUCAAUAUACCACAAUUAUCAUAGGAAGAAAAUGAUGAUAAUUUGCUACAAUAGUAAUUUGGGAUUUGUGAUUGGCAUUAGCAAGUGAAACGUGGAUUUUACAGGGCAUUGAUUUUACUUGACUAUAUAUUUUGAUGAAAGAUGAAAAGAGAAGGAAAGGUUCUGUAAUCAUUUUAAUAUUUGUAUAGUUUCUUAACAUUAGGAAUUAUCAUGUGAUCGUACAAAAUCUUUAAUUUUUCA